UGCCCUCUUAUACCGCGGGUGAUGCUCCGGAGGAUCAUGCCCAGCCCAGGAGGAUCGUGCCCAGCCCUGAAAGCUCCGCACCUCGCCGGGGACGAGUGUUUGCCGAGCCUGAGAAGACCCUGAGAACUUCAGUCACCGCAGUUCCCGUUUCCUGCAGCCCAGGCAAGAUGCCAGGCAAAGGUACAGUGGUUCUGGCGUACAGCGGUGGGCUGGACACCUCCUGCAUCCUGGUAUGGCUGAAGGAGCAAGGCUAUGACAUCAUCGCGUACCUGGCCAACAUUGGACAGAAAGAGGACUUUGAAGAAGCCAGGAAGAAAGCUCUGAAACUUGGAGCCAAGAAGGUUUUCAUCGAAGAUGUCAGCAAGGAGUUCGUGGAAGAAUUCAUCUGGCCUGCGGUCCAGUCAAGCGCCUUGUAUGAGGACCGAUACCUGCUGGGGACCUCGCUGGCCAGACCCUGCAUCGCCCGCAAGCAGGUGGAAAUCGCCAAGAGGGAGGGGGCCAAAUACGUGUCCCAUGGAGCCACCGGCAAGGGGAAUGACCAGAUCCGGUUUGAGCUCACCUGUUAUGCCCUGGCGCCUCAGAUUAAGGUUAUCGCCCCUUGGAGGCUGCCAGAGUUUUACAACCGAUUCAAAGGACGCAACGAUCUGAUGGAGUAUGCCAAGCAACAUGGCAUCCCUGUCCCCGUUACUCCCAAGAGCCCAUGGAGCAUGGAUGAGAACCUGAUGCACAUCAGCUACGAGGCUGGAAUCCUGGAGAAUCCCAAGAACCAGGCCCCCGCUGGGCUCUACACCAAGACGCAGGACCCCUUGAAGGCUCCAAAUAGCCCAGAUAUCCUGGAGAUUGAGUUCAAGAAAGGUGUUCCGGUGCAGGUGACCAACGUGAAGGACGGUACCAACCGCUGCACAGCCCUGGACCUCUUCAUUUACCUGAAUGAAGUCGCCGGCAAGCACGGAGUUGGACGCAUCGAUAUUGUGGAGAACAGAUUUAUUGGGAUGAAGUCCAGAGGUAUCUACGAGACCCCAGCAGGAACGAUCCUGUACCACGCUCAUUUAGACAUUGAGGCAUUCACCAUGGAUCGGGAAGUGCGCAAGAUCAAGCAGGGACUGGGCUUGAAAUUUGCCGAAUUGGUGUACAAUGGGUUUUGGCACAGCCCGGAGUGUGAGUUCAUCCGCCACUGCAUCGCUAGGUCUCAGGAGUCGGUGGAAGGAAAGGUCCAGGUGUCCGUGUUCAAGGGCCAGGUGUACAUCCUGGGGAGAGAGUCGCCUCAGUCCCUGUACAAUGAGGAGCUUGUGAGCAUGAACGUACAGGGUGACUAUGAGCCAGCCGACGCCACUGGAUUCAUCAACAUCAAUUCCCUCAGGCUAAAGGAAUAUCAUCGCCUCCAGAGCAAGGUCACCUCGAAAUAGACUGAACGGCAAAUCAGUAGCCUGCAGCGCUUCACUUUGUUUCCGAUCUCCUCUGCACAGGCGCUAAUUGUUGUGGUAAUUUGUAAUUGUUACUUGUUCUCCUGGGCUGUUACUCAGGUCCCCCCACGCUUUGUUCCACCCUCCCGGAGUAAGUGAGAUGGAAGAAGCAGAAGUGGUCAGGGAAAGGAAGGCGAAUGGAAGUGAAUGAAAAUAAUAAAAUCUGCGGGGAACACA